AUGCAGGGCUUCGUGGUCGACUUCUUGAUGGGUGGUAUUUCUGCCGCCGUCUCGAAGACCGCCGCCGCUCCCAUCGAGCGUGUCAAGCUCCUCAUCCAGAACCAGGAUGAGAUGCUUCGCGCCGGUCGUCUCGACCGCAAGUACAGUGGUAUCAUGGACUGCUUCCGUCGUACCACUGCUGCUGAGGGUGUCGUCUCUCUCUGGCGUGGUAACACCGCCAACGUCAUUCGUUACUUCCCCACCCAGGCGCUCAACUUCGCCUUCCGUGACACCUACAAGUCCAUGUUCGCCUUCAAGAAGGAGCGUGAUGGUUACGCCAAGUGGAUGAUGGGUAACCUUGCCUCCGGUGGUGCUGCCGGUGCCACUUCCCUCCUCUUCGUCUACUCCCUCGACUACGCCCGUACCCGUCUCGCCAACGACGCCAAGUCCGCCAAGGGCACUGGUGAGCGCCAGUUCAACGGUCUCGUCGAUGUCUACAAGAAGACUCUCGCCUCUGAUGGUAUUGCCGGUCUCUACCGUGGUUUCGGUCCCUCCGUCCUUGGUAUCGUCGUCUACCGCGGUCUGUACUUCGGCAUGUACGACUCCAUCAAGCCCGUCAUCCUUGUCGGUCCUCUUGAGGGUAACUUCCUUGCUUCCUUCCUGCUCGGCUGGACUGUCACCACUGGUGCCGGUAUCGCUUCCUACCCUCUUGACACCAUCCGUCGUCGUAUGAUGAUGACCUCCGGUGAGGCCGUCAAGUACAAGUCCUCCGCCGAUGCUGCCCGCCAGAUCAUCGCCAAGGAGGGUGUCUCGUCCCUCUUCAAGGGUGCCGGUGCCAACAUUCUCCGUGGUGUUGCCGGUGCUGGUGUCCUGUCCAUCUACGACCAGGUCCAGCUCCUGCUCUUCGGCAAGGCCUUCAAGGGCGGUUCGGGUUAA